UAGCAGUGUGAGCAUGAGAUUCCACUGGGUCUGACAACAACUCUGCCACUGACCGCAUCAUUGCUCUCUGGGGCUCAUGGAACCUGCUGAACUCUGAACAUUGUGUCCUCUCUGAGGGGCUGUGAGUAGUGAGAGGAGACCAGGGGUGGAGGUGGCAUGAGAGAAGAAAGAAAAAUAGAGACUGACUAGGAGGGACAUAGAGACUCAGAGAGAAAGAGAAAGAGAGCACCUUAGACAGGGGGAGGAAGAGAGAGAAUCCAGGAGGGAGCAUGCAGGGGACUUAGGGUAGGGAGAGAGAGAGAGAGAGAGAGACAGAAGGAGAGGGCGUGGGGCCGGGGAGACUGACUCCUGGGAAGAGAGACAAACAGAGAAAAAGGAGAAAAUAGAAAAAGAGAGACAAAGAGAUGAGACCUAGAGAGAGGGACCCAGAGAGAGGCAGAGGCAGAAACAGGAGGCAGGAGGUGGGCUCUGCGGGAGCCACAGGCAGAGGACCUGGGAUGGCCCCGAGGAUCCCCAUAAUGGCUCCCCUUCUCCUCAUGGAGCUGCUGAUGACAGGCCUGGCCCAGGUGCCGAUCCCAGCCUCGGCCCCCCGAGGCUUCUGGGCUCUGCCUGAAAACUUGACGGUGGUGGAGGGGGCCGCGGCUGAGCUGCGGUGUGGGGUCAGCUCCCCUGGCAGCGCGGUGCAAUGGGCCAAAGAUGGGCUGCUGCUCGGCCCUGAUCCUAGGAUCCCUGGCUUCCCGCGGUACCGCCUGGAAGGGGACCCCACUAGAGGUGAAUUCCACCUGCACAUUGAAGAGUGUGACCUCAGCGACGACGCAGAGUAUGAGUGCCAGGUCGGCCGCUCAGAGACAGGCCCUGAGCUUGUGUCGCCCAGAGUGAUCCUCUCCGUCCUGGUGCCCCCCAAGGUGCUUCAGCUGACCCCUGAGGCAGGGAGCAUGGUCACGUGGGUAGCUGGGCAGGAGUACACUGUCAGCUGUGUGUCUGGGGAUGCAAAGCCAGCACCUGACAUCGCCUUCCUCCAGAGUGGAAAAACCAUUUCUGACAUCUCUGCUAACGUGAAUGAGGGGUCCCGGGAGAAACUCUUCACCACAGAGGCUACAGCCAGGGUUACACCUCAGAGCUCGGAUAAUGGGCAGUUACUGGUCUGUGAGGCAUCCAGCCCAGCUUUGGAAACCCCUAUCAAGGUUUCAGUCACCAUGAAUAUUCUGUUCCCCCCAGGACCCCCUGUGAUUGAGUGGCCAGGCCUGGAUGAGGGGCACGUGCGGGCAGGGCAGAGCUUGGAGCUGCUGUGCACAGCCCGAGGAGGGAAUCCACCAGCCACACUGCAGUGGCUGAAGAAUGGCCAGCCCGUGUCCACAGCAUGGGGCACAGAGCAUGCUCGCGUGGCCCGCAGCUUGUUAGUCAUGAUUGUGCGGCCGGAAGACCAUGGGGCGAGGCUCAGCUGUGAGGCCCACAACAGCGUAUCUACAGGGAUCCAGGAACGCGGGGUCACACUGCAGGUCACCUUCCCUCCCAGUGCCGUUACAAUCCUGGGAUCUGCAUCCCAGUCUGAGAACAAGAAUGUGACCCUCUCUUGCAUCACCAAGUCCAGCCGCCCACGGGUCCUGCUGCGAUGGUGGCUAGGCUGGCGGCAGCUGCUCCCCACAGAGGAGACAGUCAUGGAUGGCCUGUAUGGUGGCCACAUCUCCAUGUCAAACCUGACGUUCCUGGCGCGACGGGAGGACAAUGGUCUGACUCUCACGUGUGAGGCCUUUAGUGAGGCCUUUACCAAGGAGACCUUCAAGAAGUCUCUCACCCUGAAUGUGAAAUAUCCUGCCCAGAAGCUGUGGAUCGAGGGCCCCCCAGAGGGGCAGCAUCUCCGGGCUGGGACCCGGGUGAGGCUAGUGUGUUUGGCUAUUGGAGGGAACCCAGACCCUUCCCUCAUCUGGUACAAGGACUCGCGCACCGUGACCGAACCGCGGUCGCCUCAGGAGCCACGGCGGGUGCAGCUGGGAAGCCUGGAGAAGUCCGGGAGCACCUUCUCCCGAGAGCUGGUGCUGGUCACGGGUCCAUCGGACAACCGGGCCAAGUUCACGUGCAAAGCCGGCCAGCUCAGCGCAUCCACGCAGCUUGUGGUGCAGUUCCCCCCAACUAAUGUGACGAUCCUGGCCAACGCGUCGACUCUGCGCCCGGGAGAUGCCUUAAACUUGACGUGCGUCAGCGUUAGCAGCAACCCUCCAGUCAGUUUGUCGUGGGACAAAGAGGGGGAGAGGCUGGAAAGCGUGGCUGCCCGGCCCCAGAGUGCUCCAUUCAAAGGCUCUGCCGCCGCCAGGACCGUCCUUCUGAGAAUGUCACCCCGCGACCACGGCCACCGUGUGACCUGCCGCGCUCACAGCACCGAGCUGCAGGAAACCGUGAGCGCCUUCUACCGCCUCAACGUGCUGUACCCUCCAGAGUUCCUGGGGGAGCAGGUGCUUGUGGUGACAGCGGUGGAGAAGGGGGAGGCACUGCUGCCUGUGUCCGUGUCUGCCAACCCUGCCCCAGAAGCCUUCAACUGGACCUUCCGCGGCUACCGCCUCAGUCCAGCUGGUGGCCCCCGGCAUCGGAUCCUAUCUGGUGGAGCUCUGCAGCUAUGGAACGUGACCCGCGCUGACGAUGGCCUCUAUCAGCUGCACUGCCAGAACUCGGAGGGCACCGCUGAAGCUCUCGUGAGGCUGGAUGUACACUAUGCUCCCACUAUUCGAGCUCUCCAAGACCCCACUGAGGUGAAUAUUGGGGGUUCUGUGGACAUAGUCUGCACGGUUGAUGCCAAUCCCAUCCUUCCGGAGAUGUUCAACUGGGAGAGGCUGGGAGAAGAGGCGGAGGAUCAGAGCCUGGAUGACAUGGAAAAUAUGUCAAAGGGAUCCACUGGGCGUCUUCGAAUUCACCAUGCCAAGCUGACCCAGGCUGGUGCUUACCAGUGCAUCGUGGACAAUGGGGUGGCACCUCCAGCUCGAGGGCUGGUCCGUCUUGUGGUCAGAUUUGCCCCCCACGUGGAGCAUCCAGCUCCCCUAACUAAGGUGGCUGCAGCUGGAGACAGCACUAGUUCUGCCACCCUCCACUGUCGAGCCCGGGGUGUCCCCAAUAUCGUCUUCACUUGGAGCAAAAACGGGGUCCCUCUGGAUCUCCAAGAUCCAAGGUACACGGAGCACACAUACCACCAGGGUGGUGUCCACAGCAGCCUUCUGACCAUUGCCAAUGUGUCUGCAGCCCAGGAUUAUGCCCUCUUCACGUGCACAGCCACCAACCCCCUCGGCUCAGACCAUACCAACAUUCAACUCGUCAGCAUCAGCCGCCCUGAUCCACCAUCAGGAUUGAAGGUCAUGAGCAUGACCCCAAACUCAGUGGGGUUAGAGUGGAAGCCUGGCUUUGAUGGGGGCUUGCCACAGAGUUUCCGAAUCAGGUAUGAGGCCCUGGGGACUCCAGGGUUCCUCUACAUGGAUGUCCUGCCACCCCAGGCCACCACCUUCACAUUGACUGGGCUGCAGCCUUCUACACGAUACAGGGUCUGGCUGCUGGCCAGUAAUGCCCUGGGGGACAGUGGAUUAGCUGACAAGGGUUCCCAGAUCUCUAUCACCACCCCAGGUCUAGAUCAACCUUCUGGAGAACCCGACUACCAGCUGCCCACAGAGCAGCCUGCAGGACCCUCAGAGCUGCCCCUGCUGCCUGUGCUGUUUGCUGUUGGGGGUCUUCUGAUGCUUUCUAAUGCCUCCUGUGUUGGGGGAUUCCUAUGGCACCGGAGACUGAAGCGUCUUGCUGAGGGCAUCUCAGAGAAGACAGAAGCAGGGUCAGAGGAAGACCGAGUCAGGAAUGAAUAUGAGGAGAGCCAGUGGACUGGAGACCGGGACACUCGAAGCUCCACAGUUAGCACAACAGAUGUAGAGCCAUAUUACCACUCCAUGAAGGACUUCAGCCCCCAGCUGCCCCCCACAUUGGAGGAGGUGUCUUAUCCUCGAGGUCUCACAGGUCUUGAAUGGGAGGAUAUGGCCUUUCCUGGGCAUUUGUAUGAUGAGGUGGAAAGACUGUAUGCCCCAUCUGGGGCCUGGGGACCCCUCUACAAUGAAGUACAGAUGGGCUCCUGCGACGUCCGCUGGCCUGAAGACAAGUAUGAGGAUCCAAGAGGAAUCUAUGAUCAGGUGGCAGGAGACUUGGACCCUAUGGAACCAGAUGCUCUACCCUUUGAGCUAAGGGGACACCUGGUUUGAGAGCCUUCUCAACACCCUUUCCCUCCAUCUGCAAGACAUAAUAUUCCAGCGUUUCUUUUUAUUCCAGUCUUGGCUGAGCUUCUUAAGUGAGCUCCACAAGCCACAAAGGGACUGGACUUGUUCAGAGGAGGACACAGAGGGGUGUAUGUAAGUGACAGAAGGUGAUUCAAGCUGGUGUCAAAGUAUAAACAAGGCUCUUCCUGGGAUUGGUUUUAGAAACCAAAAAGUCCAAAGGGACACAGUGAAUUGUAAAAGACAUCUCAAUAAUGAAAAGCUAUUCUGAGGGUCUUUAUGCUGUUUUAAAGUAAAAUUUCAGAAGUGGGGAAAGACAUAUUAAAAACUCAAUUCAUUUUGAGUUCAACAACAUCUGAAAUAUCUAAUAAUAAGUGGAAUUUAUGAACCAUUGUUAUAUCCUACCUGUAUUAUUAUUUUCCACAGUUAUCUAUAACAUAAUGUGUAAGCUAUGACACAUAUGUAAACAUAGACUAUAGAAAAUAAAAUAAAUAGAUUUUACUGAAACAAGCUAGAAAA